AAAAUGUGAAAAAAUAAAAUAAAAAAAAAUAAAGGAAACAAAAAUAAGAUUAGCAUAUUCCUGUAGCAGCUACCAAACGGCUCUUCCAUCUGAGUCUCUCAUUCGAAACCCCACAAAACCCUAGAAUUACAAAUUCCCUAAUUUCUUUCAAUUAGCUCCAUUUUUCUCUCGAAUUUCUAGGGUUUUUGAUAAACCCUAUCCGAACUACAUAGUACAGAAUUCGAAAGCACACGUAGUGAUGGAAUUCGACGAGUAUGAUUACUUGGAGAAGACUGUCGAGGAGAACGACGACCAUGAUUUGAAGAGGAAGACGAAGAAAGAAGGGAGCGAGAAGAGUUACAGGAAGAGAGAUGUUGAAGAUGACGCUGCUGUUCUUCUAGGCGGCGAAGAUGAUGACAACAGGAGGAGCAAAAAGUCGAGAGGAGAGCAUGAGAAUGGUCGCGAUAAGGAACGCCGCCAUCGGAGUAAGGAUAGAGAUGGAGAGCGAGAGAGAGAUCGUGACCGUGAGCGGGAUAGAGAGAGGAGUGGUAGAGAUGGGGAGAAGGAGAAGGGACGGGAUAGAGAUAAGGAGAGGGACAGAGAGAGAAGGGAUAGAGAUAAAGAGCGGGAGAGAGAAAGACGGGAUAAGGAUAAGGAGAAGGAAAAGGAGAGGAGGGAAAGAGAUAAGGAGAGGGAGGAGAAAGAGAGGUCAAGGAGGAGCAGAAGUCGCUCUGUUCGUGACGAAAAGCCUCGAAGAAGCAGGAGUCAGAGUCGCGAUCGCGAAGAAAGAUCUCAAAGAAGUAGGAGUCGAUCUGAUCGUGAUAGGGAAGUCAAAGAGAGGGAACGAGAGAUUGAGAUGAGAGACAGGAGGUUCAAGGAUAAGAAAGAGUUAGCAGAGCCUGAAGCUGAUCCAGAGAGGGAUCAGAGAACUGUUUUUGCCUACCAGAUGCCCCUGAAGGCAAAUGAGAGAGAUGUUUAUGAGUUUUUCUCAAAAGCUGGCAAGGUUAGGGAUGUGCGGCUGAUCAUGGACAGGAACUCUAGACGAUCAAAAGGAGUUGGGUAUAUUGAAUUUUAUGAUGCGAUGUCUGUACCAAUGGCAAUAGCUCUCUCUGGACAACUACUUCUUGGACAACCUGUAAUGGUAAAACCUUCUGAGGCUGAAAAGAACCUUGUUCAAUCCAACACUACUACUGGAGUCACAGGUGGUACAGGACCAUAUGGUGCAGUUGACAGAAAAUUAUACGUUGGCAAUUUACAUUUUAACAUGACCGAGGUUCAUCUUAGAGAGAUAUUUGAAUCAUUUGGUCCUGUGGAACUUGUGCAAUUGCCACUUGAUCUUGAAACAGGACAGUGCAAGGGUUUUGGGUUUGUUCAGUUUGCUCAACUAGAACAUGCAAAGGCUGCUCAGAGUUUGAAUGGAAAAUUGGAGAUUGCCGGUCGAACUCUUAAGGUUUCAUCUGUUACAGAUCAUGUUGGAGCACAAGAUGCUGGGGCAAAAUCUGCAGAUUUUGAUGACGAUGAAGGCGGUGGGUUGGCUUUGAAUGCUCAAUCGAGAGCAUUACUUAUGCAGAAACUGGACCGCACUGGUAUUGCCACUAGUAUUGUGGGGUCUCUUGGAGUACCUGCACUGAAUGGGUCUGCUCCAAACCAAAGUGCCAUGAACUUGCCAAUUAAUGGACAAACUGCAGUAGCUGCUCAAGGUCUUUCAGUUGGAGCCUCUGUCCCCAUUGGAACUCCUAGUGAAUGUUUACUGCUAAAGAAUAUGUUUGAUCCUGCUACUGAGACGGAUCCUGAUUUUGAUGCGGAUAUUAAAGAUGAUGUAGAAGAAGAAUGUUCUAAAUGUGGCAGGGUGAUACAUAUUUAUGUUGACAAAAAUAGUGCUGGGUGUGUUUAUUUACGGUUUGAAACUGUGGAAGCAGCAGCUGCUGCCCAACGUUCAAUGCAUCUGAGAUGGUUUGCAGGCAGACAGAUCUUUGCCUUGUUCAUGCAACCUCAAGUAUACGAGGCCAAGUUUAGAGGAGCUUAAAAAGAGAGGUGUGGGAGUUGCAGAUGGGGGUUAUCUGGAAUCCAAGCUCCUGUUCUUUAUCUCUUCAUGCCUCAGUUUUAGGACAUUAAUUUUUAUAGAUUCGAUUCGUUUACCUGUAUCUUAACAGCCAGCGAUAUGUUUUUGUGGUGGAUAUGUCUGUCCAAGCAAUCUGUAAACAUGUAUUUUCAUUUGAUCUUUAGUUAUUCAAACGUAUUUGUUCUUUUUGGGAAA